CUGGCCGCCGCGUCCGUGGCUCCGCGGCACAGCGCCCGGCUGGGGUUCCGGCGGCAGCACCUGGGCCGCAGCUGGCGUCCGGCGGGGGCACGCUGCCUGCCCUCCUCCGCGAUGACCACGGCCGGCGCCCCGAGCGCCCCGCCCGCCGGGACUGCUGUGAGCGGCCUCCACGAGGCCCUGGACCAGUGCAUGACCGCCCUGGACCUCUUCCUCACCAACCAGUUCUCAGAAGCACUCAGCUACCUCAAGCCCAGAACCAAGGAGAGCAUGUACCACUCCCUGACAUAUGCCACCAUCCUGGAGAUGCAGGCCAUGAUGACCUUUGACCCUCAGGACAUCCUGCUUGCUGGCAACAUGAUGAAGGAGGCGCAGCUGCUGUGUCAGAGGCACCGGAGGAAGUCCUCUGUAACAGAUUCUUUCAGCAACCUUGUGCACCGCCCUACCAUGGAUCAGUUCACGGAAGAGGAGAUCCACGCUGAGGUCUGCUAUGCAGAAUGCCUGCUGCAGAGAGCAGCCCUGACUUUCCUGCAGGAUGAGAACAUGGUGAGCUUCAUCAAGGGCGGCAUCAAAGUUCGAAACAGCUAUCAGACCUACAAGGAGCUGGACAGCCUCGUGCAGUCCUCACAGUACUGCAAGGGAGAGAGCCACAGGCACUUCGUAGGAGGCGUGAAGCUCGGUAUGGGCGCCUUCAACCUGACGCUGUCCAUGCUUCCUACUAGGAUCCUACGGCUGCUGGAGUUUGUGGGAUUUUCAGGAAACAAGGACUAUGGGCUGCUGCAGCUGAAGGAGGGCGCCUCGGGGCACAGCUUCCGGGCUGUGCUCUGUGUCAUGCUGCUGCUGUGCUACCACACCUUCCUCACCUUCGUGCUCGGCACUGGGAACGUCAACAUUGAGGAGGCAGAGAGGCUCUUGAAGCCCUACCUGAAGCAAUAUCCUAAGGGCGCCAUCUUCCUGUUCUUUGCGGGGCGGAUUGAAGCCAUUAAAGGCAAUGUUGACGCAGCCAUCCGGCGGUUUGAGGAGUGUUGCGAGGCCCAGCAGCACUGGAAGCAGUUUCACCACAUGUGCUACUGGGAGCUGAUGUGGUGCUUCACCUACAAGGGCCAGUGGAAGAUGGCCUACUUCUACGCCGACCUGCUCAGCAAGGAGAACUCCUGGUCCAAGGCUACCUACAUCUACAUGAAGGCUGCCUACCUCAGCAUGUUUGGAAAGGACGACUACAAGCCAUUUGGGGAUGACGAAGUGGAGUUGUUUAGAGCCGUGCCAGGCCUGAAACUCAAGAUUGCUGGGAAAUCUUUACCCACGGAGAAGUUUGCCAUCCGGAAGUCCAGGCGAUACCUCUCUCCCAAACCUAUUUCUUUGCCAAUUCCUGCUCUGGAAAUGAUGUACAUUUGGAAUGGCUACGCUGUAAUUGGGAAGCAGCCGGAACUCACAGAGGGGAUACUUGAGAUCAUCACCAAGGCUGAAGAGAUGCUGGAAAAGGGGCCAGAGAACGAGUACUCGGUGGAUGAUGAGUGCUUAGUGAAGUUGCUAAAAGGCCUGUGUCUGAAAUACCUGGGCCGCGUCCAGGAGGCAGAGGAGAAUUUCAGGAGCAUCACUGCCAAUGAAAAGAAGAUUAAAUAUGACCACUACUUGAUCCCAAAUGCCCUGCUGGAGCUGGCCCUGCUGUUCAUGGAGCAAGGCAGAAAUGAAGAGGCUGUCAAACUCUUGGAAACUGCCAAGCAAAACUACAAGAAUUACUCCAUGGAGUCAAGGACACAUUUUCGAAUCCAGGCAGCCACACUCCAAGCCAAGUCUUCUCUAGAGAAUGGCAAUAGAUCCAUGGUCUCAUCGGUGUCCUUGUAGUUUUGUGCAGCACUCCCGAGCUGGAAGACAAACACCUGGACAGAGCUCCUGGAAACAUUUCAAACUGAUCCCCUCCCCCUGCCCUGCCUUCGGGGUCCACCGGUGCUCCAGUGAGACAG